UGCUUGGGUGAAAGGAGGAAGAAGAGUCAGAAGUCACAAACAGGCCAAUGGAGAUAAGCUGCCAGGGGUGCCAGCUUGGCCCUGCAAGGUUCAGGUGCAAGUCCAUCCUAAGCUCUCCUCUACCGAAGAUGCGUUGCAGUACGUGGAGGAGCUAAUUCUCCAGUUGCUAAAUAUGUUGUGUCAAGCCCAGCCGAGAAGUUUUCUGGAUGUAGAGGAUCGUGUUCAGAAAAGCUUUCCCCAUCCUAUUGAUAAGUGGGCAAUAGCUGAUGCCCAGUCUGCCAUUGAGAAACGAAAACGAAGAAAUCCGUUAUCUCUCCCAGUAGAAAAAAUCCAUCCUUUAUUGAAGGAGGUUCUAGGUUACAAAAUUGACCACCAAGUGUCUGUUUACAUAGUGGCAGUAUUAGAAUACAUUUCUGCAGACAUACUAAAAUUGGUUGGGAAUUAUGUACGAAAUAUAAGGCAUUAUGAGAUUACGAAACAAGAUAUUAAAGUGGCAAUGUGUGCUGAUAAGGUGUUAAUGGAUAUGUUCCAUCAAGAUGUAGAAGAUUUAAGUGCACUAACUUUAUCUGAUGAAGAGCCUUCCACUUCAGGGGAGCAAACCUAUUAUGACCUGGUGAAGUCAUUCAUGGCAGAGGUUCGGCAAUAUAUAAGGGAACUUAAUCUCAUUAUCAGAGUCUUUAGAGAGCCAUAUGCCUCCAACUCCAAACUAUUUUCAUCUCAUGAUGUUGAAAAUAUAUUUAGUCGUAUAUCGGACAUUCACGAACUUAGUGUAAAGUUGUUGGGUCAUAUAGAAGACACUGUUGAAAUGACAGAUGAAGGUAGUCCUCAUCCGUUAGUAGGCAGCUGUUUUGAAGAUAUGGCUGAGGAACUAGCAUUUGAUCCUUACGAAUCGUAUGCACAAGAUAUUUUACGACCUGGUUUUCAUGAUCAUUUUCUAAGUCAAUUAUCGAAGCCAGGAGCAGCAUUUUAUUUACAGUCAAUAGGUGAAGGCUUUAAAGAAGCUGUUCAGUAUGUUCUCCCCCGGCUCCUCCUUGCCCCUGUUUACCACUGCCUUCAUUAUUUUGAACUACUAAAAGAUUUCCUGCAGGGCAAAGGCCUGGAACUUUGGGACCUAGGAAAGCUGGAGUGGGCAGACUGCCUUCUGGAGCUGAUGAUUAAUUCCCAGUUCUCAGUGACAGCUGCUAAUGUUGGUAGCUCCAUCAUACAGAAUAGCAAUUCAAGCUGAACACCCAUGGCCAAGCUUUUGUGAGACUAAGCAAAUGUAUUACAGGAACUUGGACAAAUUUUGGUAUUUCUCCUUAUAAAUGAAAGUUCUGACACAAGGAAUCACUACAGGACUGUGUAGGGGGGGAAAAAAACUUAUUCUAGCUGGGACUUUGAACACCUGUUGGUAGUCAUUAGUUUUUGGAACUGUGGUAGUCAUGAUACAGUCCUUGACAAACUUGUAUUGUUGUGUUAUCUUUUUAAUAGCAGUAGCAGCCUGUUUCCCUGUUCUUCUUUUCUCCUUUGAUUCCUGUGACCUUCUGUAGAAAUGGAAGAUCCUCAGAUAAUGAUAUAUCUGUGUUUGAGACUGAAUUUACUUGUUUUUUGUGUCUUUUUUCAGCAGAAAUGUUUUUGGAUGUGGAGAUGGGGAUUUAGUCUCACUACCAGUAUGCUUUCUCCAUUUACUUUUAUUGCAAUGGAGAAGGAUAUAUGUAGGUUGCUCUGAAAGUAAUGCCUCCUGUUUAUUUCCAUGGAAACUGCAACAGAUA